AUGGAGAACCAUCUAAGAAUAUGGGCUUUGUUGCUUUUAAUCACUGGUGUUUCUAGUCAGAACUCCUCAGUUUCGGUGUCCUGUGGAAGCUCGCAUCUAGUGAUCACCGUUCCUGUGAAUCUCUUUGGGACUGGUGUGAUGGUUAAUGCCAAUGAGCUGAUUCUGGGAACUGACUGUACAGUGACAGCUGUACAUACAAAUGUUCUCCUGCUGGAAUAUCCUCUCUUUGCUUGUGGAGCCAUCAGACACCUUCUUCCAGGGAGCAUCCAUUAUAAGAACACUCUCCACUAUGUGCCUUCUGCUCCAGAUGGGGUGAUCAGGACCAAUCCAUUCUCUCAUGCUAUAAACUGUUUCUAUCCUAGGUCGUGGAACGUCUCUUCCCUUCGACUCCGUCCUACUUGGGUCCCUUUCAGUUCUACCGUGGUGGACCAUCAGAGCCUGGUGUUUGCCCUGGAAGUCUAUGACAGUAGCUGGUCACAACCAAUGUCUGACCCUACUUACUAUCUUGGGGACUUCAUCAACAUCCAGGCAUCAGUAAGAAAGGAUAACCAUGUACCACUGAGAAUCUACGUGGAUGAAUGUGUCGCUCGCCCAAGUGCAGAAUCCUCGGUGAAAUAUGAGGUCAUCACAAAUCAUGGAUGCUUUGUAGAUGGGCUGCACAGUGGCUCCCAUUUUCUUGCCAUGAGAGAAGAUGGGUUUCUCCGUUUCCAACUGGAUACAUUUACCUUCAUUGGAGCCUCCAACAAUCAGAUCUACCUCAUCUGCCACUUGAAGGCAGUACCUGUUGGCUCAGCAAACCAUCUCAACAAGGCAUGCUCCUACGAUCACGCCACUGCAACCUGGAGCUCUCACGAAGGGGUUGAUUGCUCCUGUUGUGCAUCUCAUACUGGCUGUGGCAGCAAAAGAAGAAAAAGGAGACAGCCGCAGAGCAGAGGAACACUUGGAGAAGGAGAUCUCAAACUUGGUCCCAUUGAACUGAAAGGGGAGCAGCCUCACACCUCUCUGGAGCAGAACGGUUCCAGGACCUUGAAGCUGAUGUCCAUUGUGACCAAUUCUGUUCCUGCUGUGCCCGUCACAUCUCAUGCUGCUAAACAAUCUCUGAACCAGAUGGUGAAUGUUAUCAUGAGGAAAGAAGGAAUGAAAGAAGAUGACACCAGGUUUCAUCUCCCCUUUUCCACUGCCACCAUGGUCAUAUUGGUUGCCUGUUCCUUCAUUGUUUUGGUGUCCAUCCUGGGCUGUUAUUAUUCCAACAAACAUUCACGCAGAAGAUACCAAAUGGAGAUGAUCCAGUCAGUUCUAAGAGAAACUAGUUCUGCAGCCAUGGCACCGGCAUCAGUUGGAACAUCUGGUGCUGGAACCUCUGGGCAGUCCAGCGUUGCUUCUAGGAAACCUGAUGAUCUAGUAGCUGUAUUUUAG